AUGUCGCUCAAGGCGCUCUUUUACGCAUACAUCCUCGGCGGGCUCACCCUCCUCCCGCUCGCCGUCCUUGCCGCCGUCUUCUACACCGUCUACACCUCCGUCCCUGUCGGCGACGCGGACCCCGACAAGCUCCGGAAGCGCGAGCUGCAGCUGCGGUCCCAGAAGGAGCACGCUGACGCCGACGCCGAGUCCUCCUCACCCUCUCCACCCGCCUCCGCCUCUCCCUCAGAUAACGACAACGCCCUCGAGACGAACGACGCGCCGCGCCCGCGCCGGGGCUGGCUGACCGUGCGGCGCACGUUCGAGGAGCCGCCCACAGAGGGCUCGUACGUCGAGCUCGUCAGGGGCUUCCUCGACGGCCGCUCGAAGGACCCGCGGCGGGCGCGGCCGAAGGACGCGUGGUUCGCGGCGCUCAAGGGCACGGUGCUCUACCUGUACGAGGACGAGGGGAUGGGCGAGUGCGGGGCCGCGGUCGACCUCGCGGCGCAUCGGGUGGGGGUGCACCCCGAGGGCCUGCCGGACGGGGAGCUGUUCGCGAAGCGGAACGCGAUCUGUUUGCGGCCGAGGGCGGACGGGGAGGACGGGGAGCGGGAGCGGGAAAGAGGGGAUGCCGAGCGUGACGAGGGAGAUGCGGCUGGGGGGCGACGACGACGAAGAGGAACGAGACGUGGAGCAGACGAGGCGGGAGGAGGCGCGGGCGCGGGCGCAGCGGCGGACGUGACGGCGCCGUGGUUCAUCUUCGUCCGCUCCGCGGUCGAGAUGGAGGACUGGUACCUCGCGCUCGUGCACGCGAGCCGCGAGCCCGCGCACCGGCCGACGCUCGCGCCGCUCCGCGCCGUGUACCGCGCGGAGGACAUGGCGCACCUCGUCGCGACGCUCGACGAGCAGCCGGACGUGAUCCCGAUGCGGUGGCUGAACGCGCUGCUCGGGCGCGUGUUCUUCAGCUACUACCGGACAGCGAAGCUCGAGGAGUACAUCAUCGGCCGGCUGAUGAAGAAGAUAUCGAAGGUGAAGCGGCCCGGGUUCCUCACCGACAUCAACGUGCGCGACGUGAGCGUGGGCGACCGCGCGCCGACGUUCAGCAAGCCGAUGCUCAAGGAGCUCACGAAGGAGGGCGACGCCGCGCUCGAGGUCCACGUCGCGUACAAGGGCCAGGUGCGCAUCACGGUCGAGGCGACGGCGACGAUCAACCUGGGGGCGUUCGCGGGGAACAAGGUGUACAACGUCAAGCUCGUGCUUGCGCUCGUCCUCCGCGAGAUCGAGGGCAACCUGCUCAUCAAGGUCAAGCGGCCGCCUUCGAGCCGUAUCUGGUACGCGUUCACCCAGGAACCGCACGUCGUCCUGGACGUGGAGCCCGUCGUCAGCGACAGGCAGAUCACCUGGAGUAUGAUCCUCAAUACCGUGCAGUCCAAGUUGAAGGAAGUGAUCCUGGAGUCUGUGGUGCUUCCCAACAUGGACGACAUAUCGUUCUUCGACAGCGAGGAGUACGCGAACCGUGGUGGUAUCUGGGCCGACGCAUAUCGUCGUGAACGAGCGCCAACGCUUGCUGGAGAGCCUACAGGACCACCACCGGAGGAGGCGUCAAGGGUAGACACUGGAGAACCUGGAUUUCCUCCGAUGCAGCGCUCCCAUUCUGCCAACGAAACCAGCGGGACGUCACCCCCGGACGGCGCACCAAUGGUUCGAGCAACGACAGUUGAAAUCGCCGGGUCUUCAGGCUCAAGCUCCUCAGCUAAACGUCGAACAUGGUUUGGAAGUGCGCAAGACGCCGACACGUCCACUCCUUCCGAUACACCUGUCCCAGACGAACCCGUUUCAAGGGGUAGGAGUCUCGGACCGGAGGUCACAAACAGGCCUGCAAGCGUUCCGAACUCUAGGGCCCUUGAGGAGCCGGAGGAGUCCGCCGUUCUACCAUCGGACGAGGUCCCAGAGUCCCAGUAUCUGUCAGCCCGCAACUCUACCCGUCGCGCUUCCUCUUCCUCCCAGCAUUUCCGCUCCAACUCUUCACGUGACGUCUCCGACGACGCACCGGACGCCCAGACUGCGACUUACCGGCCCAAGAGCCCUGCCGCUAAUGGUGGCUCCUCACGUCAGACCCCGACCAGUCCCAGCGGGUUCUUCCAGACGCUCAAGACUCGUGCGGCGGACAAGCAGGCGCUAAGCAACACUGCGAAGGAAGCGAUGCGCAAAUGGGGCGUCAACUGGAGCAACUUCCGACGGGAGUCUAUCAGCGGCGGGUCUGCCGGGGCCCUGUCCGGAGACGACGUUCCCGAUGGCGGGCACGGGGACCAGUCCCGGGCGGACGGGCGGGCGCCCGGCGCGGCGUGCGUCCUUCAACGGCGCGAGCGAGAGCGUCCGCCGCUGCAAGAGACGUCGUGGAGCAACCAGCUUGCGAUGGAACCUGUCCCCGUCCCCAAUGGGAAAGGCAAAGCCAGGGCGGAGAGCGUGCCGCCAGCCAACGCACCGCUCCCUGCACCCCCUGCGCUCGAUGACCCUGCCAGUGCGAAACAGACCGCGGCGGCCCCGCGCGCAGAAUCACCCGUACCUCUGGAGAGAACGGAGUCGCAGGCGUCGGCAUCUUCGCAGCACAGCAAACCAGCACCAAUCGCGAACGUCGAGCCAGAAGCGCUGGAGCGGCCUGCGACGACCAUCCACACUCAACCGCUGCCACCGAAGACGAUGAUGAUCCCGGGAAUCCACGCGAAGAAUCGCGGCGAGGUGAUGUCCAUGGGCUACGCACCCCCACCGCCAGCGCCACCACAGGACACGAAGAAGGCGCCGUUGCAGCUGCAAAACAUGUACAGUCGUCUGUGGAAGGCGCCAGCUAAUGGUGCACCGCCCCAACAUGAGGACGCUGCCCCCGUGUCUCAGACUGGGUUCGCAGGGCAUGACCAGGACUCGAUACCCGUUCCGUCGUCCUCUGCGGAGGCGAGCGGCGGUCGUGGAGAGAUCCCAGCACUCCCACCAGCCGCUCUGCAAGCGCAGCUACCGACCCUACCGCAACCGGCACGCGUGCCGCCGCCGCUCCCGCCGCGCGCAAAUUCGACACACGCGCUGCUCGCAAAGCCGGAGAUUUCGCGUCCGUCAGAAGCCUCGGUCGGGCAGGGGGAUGCUCAGUCUGUGUCGCUUGCGUCGGCCGCGCUGCAGUCGAUCGUGGUCAAGGACCGGGUGAAGCGUGCAUCGCUCACGUCGUCGACGCCGCCCGCUGGUAUCUCGCCGUUGACCCCACCGCUCGCGCAAGGCGAAGACGCAUCGGACUCAAGUACGAAUGUACCUGUGUCCACGAACAUGUCGGAGUCGCCUAUGUCGAACACGCCCACCCCGUCGUCGCCGCCGAGCCCCCCACCGGGAUCAGGAGCGUCGACGAUGCCUCCCAUUGGCCGGGGACCGCCCCCCGCGCUGCCGCCGCGCCGGCUACGGACAGCGACUUAG